AUGGUGCAGGAAGUGUGUGGUGAUUCUGGCCCCAACCGCCACUUCAUCAGCACCAAGGCUGGGCAGCGCAUUCCCAUUGGUAUGACUGGCCAAGUGGUCGCGCGCAGUGGGGAAGGAAACAAGGUGCUUCGAUGGAUGUUCCUUGCCUGGUGCAGGUGCAGAUUUUCCAGACCUCUUCGGCGCAUCAUCCCUUCUCGCGAAUUUAGUGAAGCUGCUGCUCUCCACCGCAGGCCCAGUCUUUUCUGUUUGACUUGCUCCAUCCAGGCCUCUACUCCGUAUCUCUCUUUCCACUUGCCGGCGCGCCUUUCCCUCGUGGGCCCAAGCGGCACUUCUCCUGGGUUUAAACCAUCCCCUUUUCUGUAG